AUGGCUCAGAUGGCCACUGCCACCCCGGACUACGGCGCAGAGCGUCAUCAACACUCGUUGAUCUGUGGCCACGCGAGUUGUCAUCGGCACUACAGUCUGCCCAGUCGCCUCAUCCCUGCGCUGUGCAAGACCAAGGCCAGUCUGUGGUACUGUGAUUUUCACCCCGAUCCUCAAGUGCAGCGCACCUGUGGUGUUGACCCCCAACAAGAUGCCAUCUACCAAACGCCACCCUGCCCACGCGAUCUCUUCUGUUGCCGUGACCAAGGACACAGUGGAAAAUGUAGUACUCGCCAUAAUCAAGCGGUGGCCGAGCAUGCCCGCAAUCUUGGCCAGGGCAUUGACAUGAUCCUUGUGAGGGAGGUUGCCACCAACCCAAAGCUUGCGACCGACACCAAAUACGCGCCCAAAGCUAAAGCUAAAGCGCAGGCGUUCAUCUCACGACGCCCUCGCGUGCAUGGGUCGACAUGCCGACCCCAGGCUCGCCACAAGUCUGGACACUCGUCUCUUUCUGCCAAAAAACGGGCCCAUUUCGUGAGUGCCAACGGCUCUGAGCGCACUGCAAGAGUUUCGGGCUCCAAAGACUCUCGCCUGCCACCACCCAUAGCCCAAGGCUGUCAUCUGAGCUCGGGUCCAGGCACUUCCCGCAAGCGAGCCCCCAACCAAAGCAUCUCUGGAGCCAAGCGGCCCAAGCGGUCCAAGCGGUCCAAACCUAGCGCCAGCAAGAAAGCCUCACCUUCAGCCUUUUGCGCCAGCAAUAAUGCCUCACCUUCAGCCUUGUGCGCCAGCACCGUGGCACGCACUACGUCUCUCGAGGAAGCCAGCCUCAAAUCAGCUCCCACCGACCUGUCACACCAUGAUACUACCAAACUGGCAAGAGGCGUGUGUAACAGCCCAAAGCCGGACAACUCGGGCAUGAUGACGCCUGUAUCGCUCGAUUACGUUCAAAAUCUGAUCAUGACGCCGUCACCAAGCCGGCAGCUCUCUUCCACUGACGCCGAGGGGGGCACUGAAGCCCUAGGCACCAAAAUCACUGUACAGGAAGCCUUGCAGACCUUGCGCAGGGUCAAUUCCCCGAACACCACCUGUGAGUCUGGGCCCACAUCCAAUGCGUUGCAUUUGAGCAUGGCCCGUCACUUUGAGCUCACAUCCAGCCACCAUGCAUUUGGUUCUAGGCACGCCAGAUCGGCCACCAACCGUUCUUUUGACCCGGGUGCUGGCCAGUUCCCCAUGGAACUCGCCUCGACUGACAGGCUCUUCGUCCAUUUGGGCUACGCCCCCACUGUCAUGUCCUCGUCUACGCAGCGUAUCACCGCUCGUCAGCUCGGCAGCAGAAGUCGGCUUGAAGAUCGCCCACCAACAUCGGGCUGUCAAGUCACGUUCUCGGCGGCAGCCUCGCCGACGCACGGUCAGCGCCCUACCUUUCUCAUUGCCUCUUUUCGUGUGUGUGUGUGUGUGUGUGUGUGUGUGUGUGUGUGUGUGUGUGUGUGUGUGUGUGUGUGUGUGUGUGUGUGUGUGUGUUGCUUUGCCAGCACAUACGCUAGCUCAAACUCGCUCACGUUUGCCCAACUGAACGUCUGCACAAAUCUUGCACUUUAG